CGACCGGCCGCUCGCCCAUUGCUGCGGAGUGCGCCCCGGUGCAAAGAAGUGGACUCAUCCGGCGCCGAAUCUGCGCACGGUCCUGGGCGCCCUAGAGUGACCCCGGAGGUCAGCACACGGACGGUACCCAGCAUGGCGUCCGUAUACUUCUUCAUGGUGGCGAUGGGUUUGGUAACAUGUGCGUCAGGAAUGGGAGCACAUGGAGCCACAUCGGGGAAGCACGCAACGAGCCCGAUCGCCCGGCCGCCCUACAACGUGGCCGACCCGUGCGGCUCCUCCCCGUGCGGGCCCAACACGGAGUGCAGCAUCGACAACCGGGGCAUCGGCGUCUGCCAGUGCCUGCCCGGCUACUUCCCCAAGCCGAACACCGUCAUCGGGUGUGGUCCGCAGUGCGUCAGCGAUAACGAGUGCGGGUCAGGCUUCAUCUGCCAAGGUCAGAAGUGCGUUCAGCGGACUCCCUCCUACUCAGGUGCAACAGGUGCUUCUUCUCAUCGCGGAUCCUCUGGUAGUGGCAGCAACAGAAACACCGCCAGCGUUAGUGAGUACAUUCAAGACCUUUGUCAAUCCGGAGGGCGUUAGUCCCUUUUGUUCAUUUGUGUGCAAGCUCAUACCAAGCGACGCGUAGUGACGCCUGUUGACUUGUAUGGGUCUAUGGAAGCAUCAAAUUCAGAGUCAAAAAAUUACCCAUCCGUGAAAUUGCA